ACAAAAUCUAGAAAGUGAGAGAAAAGAGAGAGAGAGAGAGAAAAAAAGAGUGUACACUCCCAAGAAAAAUGUCUAGGAGCUUGGGGGGUGCGUAGGAUAAGCAGAGUGACUGUGUAUGUGGGGUCUGCAACUCUGUUUCUGUAUUCUACUCAACUCUAUUUCACAUGGUGCAGGUUAACACAAGUCUGAGAGUGUAAUUGGGUAAAGGAAAAACCCUUUCUUUUUUAGCUUUUGGGUCUUCAUCUUUUUCAACAAUGGUUACUGCGCACGUUAGCAGAAACAUGUUCAACAUAGGGUUUCUACUCUUCUUUGUCUUGUUUCUGGAUCUGGCCUUGCUAUCUUGCGCCAGGCAACAACCAGCUUCAAGACAGAAGCUUCAAGUUCAUAAACACUUGAAACGCCUCAACAAAAAACCAGUUAAAUCCAUUGAGAGCCCAGAUGGGGAUAUUAUUGAUUGUGUACACAUCUCUCACCAGCCAGCUUUUGAUCAUCCAUUUCUCAAAGAUCAUAAAAUACAGAUGAGGCCUAACUAUCACCCUGAGGGGCUGUAUGAUGAGACCAAGAUGAACACAGAGUCAAAACAAAGAGAAAACAGCAUCCACCAACUGUGGCAGGUGAAUGGCAUGUGCCCUGAAGACACCAUACCAAUAAGAAGAACAAAAGAAGAAGAUGUUUUGAGAGCAAGUUCUGUUAAAAUGCAUGGAAGAAAGAAGCAUAAAAGCAUUGCUGUGCCUAGAAGUGUCCCUAAAUCUGCUGAUCCUGAUAUUGAUAAUGAAAGUGGUCGGUCACAAGCCUUGACUUGAGCUCUGGAGAUCUUGAAGGUAGAAUUCCAUCUGGAACUCAACUCCAGACCUUUGAACCUACAAGAUACACCGGAAAUACAGGACUUUGUGGACCUCCUCUAGCUAAAUAUUGCCCCAGAGAUAAAGAGUUGGAGGUGGCACCCUUUGUUUAUGGAAGUGAAGGCGAAGGUGAAGAUGAUAUUCGGAUAUGGUUUUAUUUUGGUGGGGGUACUGGCUUUGAAACUGGAUUUUGGAUUGCAUGUGGUGCUCUACUUGUCAAUCGACGUGGGAGGAAAGCUUUUUCUCGCUUUCUUGAUAUCUCAAAGGACUGGGUAUGUGUAAACCUGCUGAUGUUAAUUGCAAAAUGAUAAAGCGCUACGCAUAGAUAGUAUUUUAGUCUACAUUUCAUGUUUCUUCAUAAUAUUUUGAGUUUCCUACUUUUUAUGUUGUCAUCUAAUUGUUCUUGUUCUUAUACAUUUGUGUUAAGAGAGAGAAAAUAUUAUAAUGUCA